AUGUCCAGCAAAAUACCAGAUACGCUCACCGGGGGAUGUCUAUGCAAGGAGAUCCAAUACACCAUUGAGAUCCCAAAGGAUAUCUCCUGGCCUCCAGAUCCUCACACCUGCUGGUGUACACAGUGCCGCAAAGCAACCGGCUCUAUCAUCCUUCACUUCAUCACAUUCCAUCCAUCCACCGUGAAAUGGAACGGAACGCCCGCUGAGUUCGUAUCCAGCGCCCAAGGACGCCGCGGAUUCUGUUCAAAGUGUGGAACAAGUCUGUACUUUAGAGACAUAGGACUACCAGCUGAGAUUGAGAUAUGCUCCGGCACGCUUGACGAAGAGAUACUAGAGAACCCUCAGCUAGCAAAGGACCUAUGUGAUCCGAGCUGUGGGCGUUUCUGGUGCAAGAGGGAGAUCAAAAGUACCAUCUACGAGAAUUCUGCUGGCAAACGAUGGCUAGAGGGAAGCAAGUCGCGGCUCAUGUACGAUGGAGAGUAG